CUCAACUUUCCCUCGAAGAAAUUUGUUGGUUUUUUUUUAGAGAAACUGGAGUUUUUCUUCCAAUAAAAGAUCGUUAGGGUAUCAAUCAAGUAAGACUUCACGAGUUUUUCUAAAAGACGUCAUGGAAUUAAAACACGAAAGCAUUACUUUAUCCUCUCUCGUCAGGCGAGCACUCCACCCAACCUGCUCAAUCUUAAUUUGUUUUUCCCGCGAAGGUGGCGGCGUCCUCGCUCCAAGCUUUCUCCGUUCUCUUUACCGCCGCGUCCAGGGUAUCUUAAGGUCCCUAAUGAAGACUGCCACUGCAUUCUUGGAUUUCCCAUUGCUGUUUAUUUUCUGCAUGAAUUCUCCAGAUUCCUCAAGGUAAGCUAUGAACAACGAUUCCAUAUUGCACAUAUCAACUUUCUAACAUUUCUGAAGAUAAGGGCAUCAUUUUCAAUCCACUGCGCUUAGUCUUAGCUUGAAAUAGAUUCUUGAGCAUUUUUGAAAACAGAACGGUGAAAGCAUCAAUAAUUUAUUGUAAUGGAGCCUAAAAAAUAUUCGAUCGCGUGACCCGUAAAUCAUUACACGCCGAUCAAUUUGCCAGGUAAUCCCCCAGCUAGAGCUGUUAAAAUUCCUGUCUCAUGAUAGUGGUGCGUAAGGGAAAGAUUUAACGACAGUUUAAAAAUUUCAGAGUUUACAAGGAAAAUUUACAGGUUACAUCUUUCAGCUCGUGCUAACAAAAUUUUCCAAGAUAGAACUGUUUUCAUGUUUACCGAAAGUUGGUCACGUGAUCAACUAAUACAAAAGGCCUAUUGUGUACGUGAAAAAUUUAAAAAAUUAAAAUACUAGAGCAUUUAGCUGUGAAAUAUUUUCCGUCAGAACUUUUUCGUUUUUAAUGUGAUGGCUGCGAAACUUUGCAAAGAACAACAGAAGUCAUUUGGUAAUAAUGUGAAAUAUUCCGAUUUCAUUGAUGGUAAAUAUUUCUUGAGAAAUUAGCGCUUAAAACGAUCCUACUGUUCAAAGAAAAUCGCGUCUAGCAAGAAAAUUUUGCUGAUAUUUUUUACUGAAAUUUCAGGUAUUCGGCUUUUAAUUGAUAUAAUAAAUAUGCCAAAGAAAUUUCAGAAAAAUCGUUGGAGCAGAAGUCCUUGACUAAAAGUCGCUCAAAAUUCAGCUGUAAAAUUGUUUUAGAAUUUCAAAAAUAAAUUACUAUCAGGUAGAAGGAUCCACCAGUUCGAAUUUUCGGGACAAGUAAAUUCAAUGUUUGCCAAUUCUGAAGACAAAAGCCGAUUGCCUAUCGUGCUAUUCUUUAAAAGGUACUUUUUGGUUUCAGAAGCACCAUAAAUUGCUUCAAACUUUGCUCUGAAGUCGAAUGACUUCUUCCUUGAAAUUUUUAUAAUAUCCCUUGGCAGUUUUGGUUCAAACUCCUGCUACAUACUAGCCUGUGCCAGGCUCUCAGAUGGUAUACACAGAAAAAAAUAAUGGAUUCCCAUUUUUGGAUAUUUUAGGGUAUUUAAAGAAUGCCCAUAAAAAUCCCAAAUUUGGCAAAGUGAGAUAAGUCCCAACCAGGGAAUUCCCAACCAAGUUCCCUGAUUGAGACUUGUCUCACUCUUCCAAAUUUGGGAUUUUUGUGGUUUUUCUUUAAAUACCCUAAAAUAUCCAAAAAUGGGAAUCCAUUAUUUUUUUUCUGUGUAUACCAUCUGAGAGCCUGGCACAGGCUAGUAUGUUAUUUUUUCCUGAGAUAGUGAGGACGUAUUAACAUUAAGACGUGGGCGCCUUGGGAAACGGGGCGGUGGCUAAGGCGGUGGCGGCGAGAAAAAUGGCCUGUCUCCCCAGCCCCCGCGCGUUUUUCACAUUUCUUUUUCACCACUAUCUCGGAGCCUGGAACAGGCUAGCUACAUACAUUUUGAUGUCUUGCAAUGGAUUCCCGACGGCUUUUCCUGCUGUAAGUUGCUUCCAAUUCGGGAAAAGGUAUUGGGAUUGUAAGCUACCUUGUAUCGAAGCUCAGAUAGAACUGUCCAGCAACUUUGUUUGUGACCAGAAAACGAGCACGAGCGGCAGCUCUGCGAGGAAUUCACACCUCAGCCAGGGGGUUCGAAUGGUAAUGAUGUUAAUGUCUGCCAACCGAUCUGUAUGAACAUGUACUGCAGAGCAAAACAUAAUAAUCAAGAGAAAACUACCCAUUCAUUGAAGGAAGGAGUGACAAAAAUUUUCAGAGUUGUAAAUUUAUUCACGGGCAGUAUUUGUGCGAUAAUUUUAUUUUGCACUGUGAUGUAAUUUGGUUGACACACAUGGGCAUCAUUGUCCUUCGUCCCCCCUGGGUGAGGUGCGAAUUCUUUGCACAACUGCCACUCGUGCUCAUUUUGUAGUCAUAAACAAAGGUGCGCGACAUUUCAAUCUGAGCUCUGAUACGAGGUAGCGUCCAAUCUCCGACAAUACCUUUUUCCUGAGUUGAAAGCAACGAACAGUACGUAGUAGAAGUCAUUGAAAAUGCAUUGCAAUAUACAUCAAAAUGUAUGUAGCAGGAGUUUGAGCCAAAACUGCCAUGGGAUAUUUUAAAAAUGUCAAGAAACAAGUCAUUCUACUUCAGAGCAAGGUUUGGAGCAAUUUAUAGUGCUUCUGAAACUAAAAAGUACCUUUUAAAAAAUAGCACGAUAGGAAAUCGGUUUUUGUUUUAAGAAUUAGCAAAUAUUGAAUUUACUUGUCCCGAAAAUUCAAACUGUUGUCCCCUUCUACCUGAUAGUAACUUAUUCUUGAAAUUCCAAACAGUUUCACAGCUAAAUUUUGAGCAACUUUUAGUUUAGUUUAGUUUUAGCUUUUAAAAAAUUUAUAUUACAAUCAAUGGGUUAUUCUAGAAAAAAUCCACACCCCCACGAUGGAAGGCAUUCUGAAAAUUCUCAUGGGAGGGGGGUUAACAGCUCUGGAAAUUCAGACGGGAGGAGGGCUCUGAACCUAAAAAUAUAUCCUCCGGGGCUACUUUCAAUUUUAUCGAUGUUUCAAUUGUUUCAAUUGAUAAGUUUUCAAAAAAUUGCUAUGCGCUUUCCAGUUUUAUUAUUCUUUCAAACUACAGACCUCUUACCACAUUUAUUUCAAGUUUCCAUCCAUAUAUAGGCUCACCUUCGUUACUUUUGUGUGCUUUUGUAGAAGCGACGUGCAAUAACUUGAAGAUAUCAAGAAAAAUCACACAAUUCAUAAAAAAUUAAGCGCUCAAUUCAAUUACCUUGAAUUAACAUUUUUCCAAGGUCAAUGCUAUUUCAGGGUGAUUUACCACUAAACACACCUUACAAGUACGUAAGCAUGGUUCUUUGUGAUUGUUCGGUGACCAUUUUAAAAGCCAAGUGGUGUGGCUAGCGGUAUAGCGCGUUAUGUAAUAUCCCACUAAGUCUCCUUUUUCUUCUUUCGCAGUCAUUUAUUACAUGUAUCAACAAAGAAGAGAACCUUUUAUUCAAGUACAUAGUUAGUUUUGAGCAUAUAUUGCUGUGUAUUUUGCCUGGUCUAGGAAAAGAGAGAUGUUCACUCAAUUGUGAGCUUAUUUGUCAAAAAGUGUAAGCCUGUUUAAGAAGAUGUGAAAGUGUAAUCUUAACUUUCACAACAAACACAGAAUUCACAAAAAAUUUAGACUUAUUUGAUAAAAAGAUGAUCUGACUGCCUAAAACAAUUCUUCUACAUUGAGUGUACAUUAAAAUUACGGUGUCUAACAAUUUUAUAGAAAUCCAGAGAGAUGGGGGGUCUUUGGACUUGGAAAUCCUGAGGGGGGAGGGGCUCAAGCAGUUUUGGAAAUUUAGGUGGAAGGGGGGAGGGGGUCAAAAAAACCAUGCCUUCCAUCAGGGGGUUAGGAUUUUUUCUGGAAUAACCCAAUAUAUACUUACAUGUAUUUUUUCUUUUCUAGUGUCCUAAUAUUGUUCAUGGCUCAAUCAGGUGCACGCAUGCCCAUAAGUAAUGGUAACAGGACUGAGUGGAGUCCAAUUCGGUCUGUAAUCAUACGAGUGAUAACAAAAUCGGACGACCGCGUAGCGGGAGUCCGAUUUGUUUAAUCACAUCCGAUUUGUUUAAUUGGACGACACGAUGUUCUGUUACCAAUUAAUCAUAACUUUAACAAAAUUUGUGAUAUAAUAGGCUAUUUUUGUAAAUCAAAACACAAGAAAUUCCAAACUUUGUUUUGCUAGCAGUGAAAAAAGAGCCAUUUAAGCGCGCGCGUGAUGUCGGGUACUGUCCAAUUACUUAGGCAUGACGCGUACUGUCCUAUUAAACUGUCCAAUUAAGGCUGAAAUCUGGGCAGUUGAUAGCCAAUCAGAUUUGACAAUUUUGUUGUAGUUAUGAUUAAUUAAGAUAAAUAACAGAUUAUAAGGUAAAAGUAUAAAGAGUAUGUGCAUGUAACUUUUUUUACAUUACGUAAUUCCUCCUUUUCUGAAUUUCUCUUUAUGAAAUCGCAAGUCGAUAUUUUAAAAGCACCCCUAAAUUCCGAAAACAAGACCGGGGGCUUAUGUUUUUUAAAGGCCCUUUUUGAGGGGCUUAUCUAUGGAGGGAAAUUUGCAUUUCAAAAUUGGUUGGGUUAGCCUUAUAGUUGGAAAGAAAUUUACCAUUUUUGCUUUGUUUUACUUUGUAUUUGAGGGCAAUUUCUAAGUACAAGCCCCUAGGUGGGGGGGGGGGGCUUAUAUUAUUUUGGAGGGGCGAUUUAAUGGAGGGUUUUUUGCGUUACGUGGUUGGGGAGCUUAUAUUAUUUUGGUGGGGCUUAUUUUCGGAAUUUUACAGUAUGCUGGUUUUAUAUUAGUUGAAUGUUUGAUCUUUACAAAUGUGUUUACAUCAACGACACAUUGUAAUAUUUUAAAAAAAACUGUCAAUUAGUUCUGCUGGGGUGCUGCAGGGCUUGUACAGAGUCAACAUUUUUUCACCAUUUCAAUUGUAUGAGCCUUAUUAAAUUGUAAACUACAAGAACAAUGCUUAAUUAAUAUGUGAAACUUCAAUCUGUCUGUCUUUAUUGGCUGAAUCACUUCACUCAUAGACAAAUAAUAUAAUGUUAAUGGCAGAGUCAGCCAUUUUCUGAGUCACACAUAACAGCCGAAAAGAUGCUAAUGUUGUUCAGCCUAACAGUUUUUCAAAGUUGAUCUCUUCUGUUUGCAGCUUCAAAAAUCAUGCUCAGAAGACAUAUUUGUUUGUCUUGAAUCUCUGAUUUUGUCAUUUACAUGUAAUUUCCCCUUGUAAAAAUUUAUUAGCGAUCGCGCCGCGAUCGCUGUCAAAAUCGCGUAGCGUUUUUGGCCGGAUUUCGCGGCGCGAUCGCUGCGUUAUUCGCGGAGCGAUGGGAGCGAUCGCGGCGCGAUCGCUGUCAUCAAUCGCUUAGCGUUUUUGGCCGGAUUUCGCGGCGCGAUGAGAGCGAUCGCUGAGCGAUCGCUGUCGUCGAUCGCUUAGCGUUUUUGGCCGGAUUUCGCGGCGCGAUGAGAGCGAUCGCUGUCAUCAAUCGCUUAGCGUUUUUGGCCGGAUUUCGCGGCGCGAUGAGAGCGAUCGCUGAGCGAUCGCUGUCGUCGAUCGCUUAGCGUUUUUGGCCGGAUUUCGCGGCGCGAUGAGAGCGAUCGCUGAGCGAUCGCUGUCAUCAAUCGCUUAGCGUUUUUGGCCGGAUUUCGCGGCGCGAUGAGAGCGAUCGCGCCGCGAUCGCUGUCAUUAAUCGCUUAGCGUUUUUGGCCGAAUUUCGCGGCGAGAUAUCAGUGAUCGCUCAGCGAUCGCUGUUGUCGAUCGCUUAGCGUUUUUGGCCGAAGUUCGCGGCGCGAUUGGAGCGAUCGCGCCGCAAUCGCUGUCAUUGAUCGCAGAUGGUUUUCGGCCGAAUUUCUCGUUGCGAUCACGGUCCGGACGAAAAAGACAUAAAUGAGUAUUUCUUAUCUCAGAAGAAGAGCAUUGAGCUGAAAUUUGUCCUGAAAGUUGCAGUAACAUUUUACUAACUUGUGACAAACGGAGAGCUUCUGAGCUUUGCCGAAAAUCGUGCAUCAUAGAAAAUGACCGCUCCGUUUGAAAGCCCCUGGUCCGGCCAGUGGUUCCGGCCACUUUGGCUACUUUAAUUGGAAGCCGACAUCAAAAGUGCGUAAAAAGAAACCUUCCAAGCACCAUCUGAUCUAAAUUCCUGUAUAAUUUUUAUGGGCUGCUCACUUAAAAUUCGAAACCAAACUGAGAUUUCUGUGUAAAGAGCUAACGUUUGGUCUCUCGAAGAAACUAAACCGUGAAAAGGUCAAUUCGCCACCAUUUUAAAUGAAUUCAGUCAAAGUUUAGAGGGAAAAAAUAUUUGUCGUCGCUUGUUUACGUCCUCAAGAAACACCUCCCAUCACCAAAAUGUUGUCUAAGUCAUGCCGCGACCGAAAAGCGUGCGUCAUGCACGUGCAGGACGUGCAGAGUAAUGUUUUCCUUGUUAGGCCCAUUGCUUGCCAAGUUUUUUGACUUUGCUAAAUGCUACAGCUCCCAAAUGAAAUAUAAGUCUCAUUUUAUGGCCUUCUAUAUCACUGCUUAAUAAAUAAAGUGCAGUGUUACUGGGAAAUUUUCAAACAGGCAUUCCCUUUUCAAUCACUAUUUGGCUAGUUUGGCCGGACCAAGGACAUAGUACGCAAAAUUUAUUUUGGAAUAUUAUCUAAACUUUGGUUUUAAAAUUCAACCAGUCCACCGAAUUUUUUUUUUUUUGCAAGUUGAAAGAACAUUUCUUGUACGCCGUGUACACCAAAAAUUAGCUUUCUUAACACUUAAUUGCAUACCUGAACUAAAAAUGCAUCCAAGUAAUUUAAGGCGCCAUAAAAAAGCAAAAAUAACAGAACAAAAUUCACCUACGACAAUCGAGCUUCAGAAGGCAAACAUCAAUAAAAAAUCGGAAAGUUUCGUUUGUAGUUUAACCUUAUUUUCUUCCGAAAAUUACGUACAUCACAAAUUAAAACGGGCCGGAACUUAUCCGAACUUAUCUAGGAAAGAUCGAAGCUACUCAGUCUGCAAGCAGGGUAGUAUAAAUCAUGUCAAGAUAAAGCUAAAUUUUCAACUUAAACGGGGGUAAAUAGGGAAUGAAUUUUCAAAAGAAAGGUCUGAUGCGAGAGUUCAGUGAAUCGUGUUUUUUAUUUUUAGCUAAGUGUGAGCAGAGUAAAACGUUUUAUAUCCUGAAGUAUUGAGAUAAUGAAACCGCCUAUAUGCAUUGAUUUCUUUUCUUUUGAUCCACUUGUCCAUGUCUUCAGAUAGGUUCAUCCUAUUAGGGAUAAAAAUAUUUUUUCUUUUUUCCUCACGCUAAUGAUAUGUUUCAUGUUCAUUUACCGUGCUUAAAUAUUCUCACUGAAAUUCUCCAUACUUCUUUAUUAAGCCAAUUUAAUGUGACGUCCCACAUGUUUUGUCUUCAGCCUAAACGUUACCUUUGAAAUUUACAUAAUGUACAAACUGAGUACUCACAACUGUUGUCUUUGCCAGAUUAAUUGUUGCUGCAGAAUAUUCAAGAGGCCAUCAUGGCUCUUGGUAUAUUGCCAUGUUUAUGCCUCACAGUACGUCCAGAGCGGUUUUCCUGUUGAGAAAUUAAAACCAGUUAACCAAGAGAGUUAUUCCCGAAAUCAGAGUAUUGAAAUAUUCAAAUCAAACCAAAUCACUGAGUUGUGAAGCUCAAGUAGCUUAAGACUUACACCCCUCGAAGGAUAUAAAAAAUGAGCUAAAAAACGAAGGCUCCAAAAUCAGAAGUUUUGCUUUCUCGAACUAUUAAAAGGUAGCUCGAAUUUUUUUAGCUUUUGUUUGUUUGAGAAGCCUAAUAAAAAGGCUAACCUUAAUUGUGUUAUAAACUAUGAAAAGUGCCGGAAAGUAUAAAAUCGACAACACCGAAUGAAUAUCAAGCUUAACCUUAAUUAGGUUUAAAAUUAAACUUAGUGAUAAUAAGAAGUGAGUAGACUUACCUUUUUGAGUACGUUUCUUUGUUUGAACUUUCAACAUGUCAAAAGAAUCAUUAAGAAAAAUUUUCCAAUGUUUAAACAGCAAUAAACGGCCAUUGCCAAUUGCAUGACAAGUGAAAUUGAGAGCAAUUUUCUUUUUCAAGGUACGCGUCAGCCUUGAAUCUUGGCCACCCGCGUCGCAGUGGCGGGAAAUCGGAUUUUGGAAUCCAGUCCCCAAAGGCGCGAUCCAUUCAACCAAAAUUUCCGGAAUAUUUCGGUCCAAAACUCUGGAUCGGUUCGGUCCAACCGGAAAAGUUUCGAAAAAACGGGUCCACCUGUUUAGGUGGACCAAUUUUCCCGGUCGGACCGGUUGGAAUUUUGGUUGAAUGGAUCGCACCCCAAUACUCUGGAUUAAACCGUCACGUACAUGCAGGAUUCAUUUCUGUUAUUAAGGACCAUUAAGUAAAAAUCAUGUUGAUUACAUCCUUAUAUACAGCAGCUUAAGGCCUGGAGCGUAACAGAAAUUCAUCCUUGGGCUUAAAAUGACUCAAUUAGAGGUGAGCGAGAAAAGGUUUCCUAGCUUUUUGCUAAUGUAACUCUGGUCAAAAACACAAGGAAAACCGUGCCUUCUCUAGAAACCGAUAAAGUUCUAACAAACUGAAAAUGACUGUUAUUAUAAGCUUAUAGUUUUUCCGAAUGUUCGACCUCCCGAUAUUGAUAUAUUUCUGUGGUCUUUUAGUUACUUAACUUUCCAGUGUUUUAUUAUAAUAUUAUUACUAUUUUGCCUGCCCUAAUAAUUUUCACAAUCGCAAGUUUUGAAGAACAACAUAAUGGAAUAUAAAAAUAAAAUAAUAUGCCCGGCAGCCGGGAAGGGUCUAAGCUGCACGGCAGUCAGAAUGUUUUUUUGAUUUUCUUCAAAAUCUUCUUUUCUAAAUAUAAUCGUUUGAAAGUAUUAUAUCUUCGUUUAGAAUUACCAAGGGAUUAGGAAAACAGGAAUGGCUUAGCAGUAGAGCGGUUGUGGUUUCUUGGGCAUAGAGCCAGAGAGUCGACGCCGUUUCGACACUUAGAAACAUUCGAGACUCACGAGUACGUUUUCGCACAGGCUAAAUAUCCGGCAGUUUGAAAGCCAUCUGGAAAGUUGGAAAGCCUGUUAGUAAGCCAAAGGAUGCAUACUAGCCUCGAUUAGUUUUCCAAAGCAAUAACGAGAAUAUUAAGUGCUUUCAUUAUGAAACCUUAGAGUCAAUGCACUGUGUGAAUCAACUAACGUGUGGGAAAAAAGGGUGCAAAGGCAAACGCAGUGCGAAUUACGGCCCGUAACAAACGGGAAAGGCGGUCCCUGAUAACACCAAAUUAAAUAUAGCCUGUUAUAAAAAAAACAACUAACGAGUCACGAACGAUAAGGAAUAACAAGACGAGCUAUUAACCAGACUAAAAGGGGCGUAAAAGACGUGAGAGCUCAAACAGAAUAAUAACCAUGCGACUAACUUAUAACAGAAAUCGCGACGAUAACUGUGAUCCUCGGUUAUCUCCUUCGCGAUAAUGGCACUGAGAUUGCGGACGCGAACUUAAUUAGAAUUGAUCGUGAUCACCACCUGGCGAUCGCGAUUACUGCACCACGAUCGAGAGCAAUAUGGCACUCGACGAUCGCCGAUUACAACUUAACUAAAUCGCACCGCGAUCGCAAUCACCGCUUCGCAGUAAGUACAAUGCCCCUGCGAUCGCGAUUACCAAACCGGGAUCGUAGUCCUGACAUAUAAAUCACGGAUUUGACUUUACUAAAUCAAGCCGCGAUCGUGAUCAUCACGCCGCGAUAAGUACAAUGUCGCUGCCAUCGCGGAUACUAUUUUUCAAAAUCGCACGACCCCAUCAGCUGCUUAGCGUUUAAUAUCAUCGAGCUAAAAUAAAAACUGUCUGUCUUCGCGAUCGCGAUCAUCUUCCUGCGAUCACGAUCAUUCCGCUGAGAUCGCUAUAACUUCGCCACGAUCGCUCUAUCUUCACCAUCCUGACCCUGAGAUCGCGGAUAAUAUUUUUCUGAAUCGCGCCGCGAUCGUAAUCUUCUUCCUGCGAUCACGAUCAUCGUUCUGAGAUCGUUAUAACUUCGCCGCGAUCGCGAUUUCAUCGCCAGCAUCGCAAUCCUGACCUUGGGAUCGCAGAUACGAUUUUUCAAAAUUGCGCCGCGAUCGCGAUCAUCUUCCCGCAAUCACGAUCAUCGCGUUGAGAUCGCUAUAACUUCGCCGCGAUCGCGAUCACCACGCCGCGAUCGCGAUCACUACGCCGCGAUCGCGAUCAUCGCGUCGCUAUUGCAAGCGCGAUUUACUUCAAUUGCAUCGCGAUCGCUGAUAUCGCGCCGCGAUCAAAAUCAUCGCGCCGCGAUCGCGAUCACCGCGUCGCGAUCGCGAUUACCGCGUCGCGAUCGCGAUCAUCGCGUCGCGAUCGCGAUCACCGCGCCGCGAUCGCUAUAACCUCGCCGCGAUCGCGAUCACCACGUCGCUAUCGCGGGCGCGAUUAAUCUAAAUCGCGCCGCGAUAUGCACAAUCGCGCCGCGAUCGCUGCCAUCGCUCCGCGAUCGCGGUCAUCGCGCCGCGAUCGCGGCGCGAUCGCUAAUAAAUUUUUACAAGGGUCUUUGCUUACGUUCCAUAGCAAUUGAGGGCGAAUAAUUGGCAAAAUUAAACAAAACCAACUGGACUGCCAUCACACAGCCCCUUUACACAAAAUUUAUUUGUUUACAUGGUGCAAGUUGAAGUACUUGUUAUUUGUCAUGAUUGUGUCUCUGAAUUUUUCUCAUUAAACUGGAAUCGGUUAAAUAGUGCUCAUUAAUUUUCUUGUAUUCCUCUGGUUUAAUUCUCUUGUUGAGAAUCAUCAUAAUUAGAUCGAUGGAGAGUGUGUAUUUGGAAAAUAAAAAUCAAAUAAAUAAAAUAAAAUAAUUCAAUCAAUUGAAAGCAUUUGGUUGCUUAAUUUGACAUGCUCAUUAAUUUUCAUGACUUCCUCUGGUUUAAUUCAAACAAUUGAUAGUAUUCGGAUGCGCAUGUCAUAAGUAUUUUUUUGACAAAAAUUUGCUUUCCCAAAUUUUAAGCCAAAACAAGAGAGUUUAAACGUCACGUGCUCCGCAAAUGGUGGAGGUGGCCAUGCAGAUGCCUAACAGAUUUCAGGCAGUAAAGAUGUCGUUUUCUUAGGGUUCCAUCCACCAAAAUGUAUUGGUCAGGUCAGCAUCAUUCUACAUUAUUGUUGAUUUUUUUUAAAUGCACUCUGCUAGCUGUUCAGCCAUUGCAAAAUUAAUAUCUAUAGUUAAGACUGGCUCAUUCAUUUAUUCAUAGGGUCACUGGGUUCAUUUUCUUGGAUGCACAGAUAACCAAAUUAUCUUAGCCAGUGUUCGAACCUUUCUGUGUUCUUUGUUUCUUUCAGAUUACAUUAUCUUUCUUUGUGAUGGAUAAUCUCAUCAAAGCUACGUUGAGGUAUCAGACCAUGUUCAGUGGCUGUCUUUUUGCAGUCUCUUUCCUUUCUUGGUCCACUGUGAUUGGUCUACUGAAGGGCUAUGAGAACCAAGACAGGCUACAAUUCAACUGUGAUCCCCCACCAACUGCCUACACAAGACAGCAUUGUUAUCACAACUACACUUCUGCCAUGAGUCCACGCUUAACACCGUUGGCCUUUGCUGGUAUUACCUUUGGUUUGUCAGGAUCUGGCUGGCUGUUUGUUACUUUUGUGGGUGUCUGGAUGUUGCGACGUAUCCGUAAAGAGUCAAAUAGAGAGCCAAGGCAAAAAACAUUGAAGAAACAACUGUGUUGGGUGUUUAUUUGUCACAUCUGCUAUCAGUUUAUCCUUCUAGUUGCCAUGAUUGGACUGUUCUUGCGUUACCAGAAACUUCAAUAUCCUGCGAAGUAUAGUUGCCUUUCAGCAAACACAACGCUGGCAGCUAUUAAUAUAUUUACAUGCAACGACUUACGAUACAAAGAGAAAUCAAACCUCAACAUUGCUAUUAUUGUGGUCUUUUCAGUAUCCAUUGUAUUCUGUUUAUUGACCAUAAUUCAUUUAGCAAAAUCAAAGGAUGAGCUAUCAGAGCUAUUGCUAGGAAAUAUUGAAGAGGACCAUAGCGAGACCAUACCUUUACAAGGUGAGGGAUUGUAGUAUAUAUGCUAGCUAAUCAAUGGCAGCUUUGAAAAUUUUUAGAUCCAUCUACAAAUUUUGAUUCAAUAACUGAAUUCGCUGUUUUAGAGGUUGCUUUAGAAAUCCCAAAAAGAGCUCAGUAUUGCAUUUUACCCUGAUUCAUAUAUAUCUAUGUUUUUCAACUCAAAAUUUGGCACGAAUGUACCUCAGACAUGCAUCCAGCGGUCUGUAAAACAUUGAAGGGACUUUGUUAAAUGAAUGAGUGGUGAAAACUUUCCUGAAACGUCCAAGAAGUGGUUUGUUUGCAUAAAAGCCAUUAGUACUCAGCUUGUGCAUUCCCUUUGGGUAGAAAUUGGGAGAUAUCUCAAAAUUCUGCAUACAGAUUUUUGUAUAACUUCUCACAACCAGAAGACAUUUAAAGUGCCAAAGUCUACGAUUGCGAAGUGUAGAGUGUUAUUAGAGGAAUUAUGUGGAUGAAGGCUAAUUGAGUGCAAGGUUUUUAAGUAGGAUUUUAAGGAAUAAUAAUUGUUUUUAGAAUUUCGUGUGGUGUGUUGUUUGUUAUUGUUGCUUUUUUGUUAUUAUUUUUAAAUAAUUUUAUUACUGGUGUUCAAUUUAGAACUGAUACAAUGAAGUUCAUUCCGACCUUGAAAAAAAUAAUAUAAUUAGCUAGUUCAGUCAAUGUUAUCCUGUGCCGGGCUCUCGGUCAGUCAGACAGGCAAAUUAAAAGAAACGAGCAGGCAGUGAAUUAUAAGCGAACAAGCAAAAAAUGGCAGGAGGAGAGAUCGGAGAACCUGUAAGCAUCUUUUCAAAAACCUCAAUCCACAAACCCCGCAUAUAUAUAUAUAAAUACUUCCUGAAAAACCAUUUCUCAGAAGUACAUUGAUCAUGGCCGCAGAGCUUGAUGAGUACUGUUAGCUUAUGUUAAAAUCUGUCUGACUCCGUCCGCUGUUGUGAAUAUUUUUUAUCAUUGGGUCGAUGUUUUGAUAACACAAGCGUGCCUUAAUCUCAUUGGUUGAACAGUGUCUCAUGACCAGUUGGCCCUCUCCUUAAAUUUAGGGAUAUUCUGUACUGAUGACAGAUCCUUAGAGUUCAUAACAAUAGCGGACGCGUGUACAACAAUUCAGUGUAAUAGCAAUGUUCGUAGGCUAGUUACGACGUAACAGAUGGUAGUGGUAGCGAGUAGUGCAGUAGACAAGGUAUUAGCAGACAUAGUCGACGUAGCAAACAUAGACGUAGACGUAGGUUUGAACUGUAAGCGAUAAUUAACGAACACAAACUACUCAGAUUAACUAUAAAAUUAUGACUAAAAAGUGGAAUAAUCUAAACUAUAUAAACCUAUGAGGCAAGAAACAGACAACUGAAAAAUCCGAUAAUUGAUACUUGAGCUAAUUAACCGAGACAAUAACAUUUAUAAACUCUCACCAUGCAUAAAACAAUAAUAAAACUAUGGUAGCAAUUCUGUUUGAACAGAACUUAUCUUAAAAACACUAAACUAGAUUAUAUAAAAUACUUUGGUAAUAAUAUAUUGUAUAGUAACAAUGAUCAAUCCUGUUUGAUUCCAGCAGAUUUGUCUUCAAAUCAAUGUCCUCCUCAUGAAAUAUUGUAAGACUCUAUAGUUUUUGUGAAUUACAUUACUAAAUAACUAUAAGAAAAUAAAAGACUUACUUUGGUCGACAACUCGCACCAAAAGUAGCAAAAAAUAGCAAUAUAAGCAGCAGCAAAAUAACUUGUGAUAGCAACUCCAAUGAUAGCAGGCUAACUAUAAUUUCUACUAUAGAGCUUGUCAUGGCUUUUGACGCCCUUUUGACGAGUAGGCAAAAUACGUGAGAAAUUACAAUAUUAUGUUUGUAUGAGAAUCUAAUGUCGAAUAAUUUCCGUAAAAUGGCUGUUUUAAAAAAUAUAUGAACUGUAAACUAAAGCUUAAUUUCACUCUUAAGGAUUCUACUGAAAAAAUUUUAGGGCGUAACAUGCGCUAGAAGACCUAGAACCUUUUUUAAAAAUUUUCUAUACAUUUGUCUGUAAAAAAUUUUUUAGGAAAAAUUGCAGACAUAUAUGGAAAAUCUAAAGCAAGCUUCUGGAGAAAUUUAAGUACAGUAACGACCCCCAAAAUUUGUUGGUAAAAUCCUUUGCUGUGUAGCUUUAGUUUACAGUUCAUAUUUUUUCCAGAACAGCCGCUUUAGGGAAUUAUUCAACAUUGGAUUCUCAUACAAACACUGUAAUUUCUCACGCAUUUGCCAACUCGUCAAGAUGGCGUCGAAAACCGUGACAAGGUCUAUUGCGUUUCCUUUUUUUAACAAUUAGUUCAUGAGUCAGCGUGCAUAUGUCGAGAUAUCAUUUGAGCACGCGGGAAGUUUGGAGAGCACGAAAGAGGUGUAAGAGUUGCACCAGGCGCAGCCGAGUGCAACUCUAGCCUCUUGUAAUUGAGUGCUCUCCAAACUUCCCAAGUGCUCAUGCAUGAAUAUCUCGACAUACGCACAGCUGCAGCAUGAACUAAUUGUUUUAUAACAUUAUCAAAGCGAUCAAUGCAGCAGUUAACUUAAAAUUUUAUUAUUGUUGGGUGCGCUCAAAGCAGUACGCGUCAAUGUUUACGUGACUAUAUUUUUUUUUCCUCACAAUUAAUCUUAUGUUUUUAUCCUGAAACUGAGAGAAAGUGUACUCUAAAAUGAUUGUAAAAUCCAUAUUUACGUGCCGGAAAACUAUUAAUUUACCGAAAAAUUGUUAUUGAGAGAAAACAACUUUGCAAAGAAGGAUCUCACGCUAUAGCCCUCACAGCUCGCGGAGAUGACAACAACAACAACAACACUCACCUCUUUUCCUCACUAUCGGUUAACAAAUUCAAACGUUUCCUCUUAAAUUUCCUUAUAAAACACAUGGUAAACGCUUUAUUGUCUAUUGCUGAGUUAUGGAUGCACUCAGGAGACUCAGGAUUGCUAAGCUCCCAACAACUCGAGGAAUUAAUAAUUUAUUGAUGUCAUCAGCGUGCUCAAUAGGAAUAUGAAGCACUCUCGCACUAUUGAAUUUGAUUAGGCUAAUUUUCUUGCUAUGUUAUAAUAUA